AUGCCGCGACGCGCAGCUUGGAAGCUGUCCGGGAUAGCGGAAGGUAGGGUGGAGGAUGCUUCUGUUUUCAUUGUUCUUCCUCCACGCCGUGGACAACCGUGUCAUUUGGCGAGGGCGGAGGGUGCCACCGCGUCCUGUUGGACCACGCGUGUCUCGUCGCCGAACGCGCAUCCCUCGGAAUGUACCGACGAUGAAAGACCGAGUAUGAUCGGGGAGUGCGUUACCUUCGUAAAACCGGAUAGCACGGAGCACUCGCGAGUGCCUCGCUCCCACUCGUGUUUUUACACUCGUGUGCUCGACCUCUUGACCGGCGGAGGAUCAUAAUGCUAGAGCCGGUUCUGGGAACGUUGUCGAUCUGGUGGUUGGUGGUGUACGCCAACAUUUUGCUGCUCCUGUCGCCCUUGGUGUUGCUGAUGAUCGUCUUCCUCCCGAACUUCCCGAUCUUGCUGCUGCGGCGAAUCUGUUACAUACCGAUCGAGUCGAUCUGACCGAAAUUAAAUCGCCGAUCGGUUUGCCGCUCGGCGAUUUAUCGGAUAUGUCGCGUGUGCCAGGUGCGCGAUCGCGCGAUACGCGGCCGACGUUACGUUACCUUAUCGCGGCGCGCACUUGGAACAAAUUUAUCACGUAGGUUGUACAUAGUAAACGUUGCGUGCCGCUCGAGAACCAUCAAAAUGAGUGCUCGAGUGAUCGCGAACUUUGGCGGUUUUGGUUGAGAUUUCCGUUGCUCACGUAGUUUUCUAAGUAUUUAUGUGUCCUAGAUCGUUGCGAUUUAUAAUAGCCACGCGUUAAGCUCGUUCUACAAUGGACGCAAAGCGCAAGGCGCUAAGCCGCAACACGAGAAAUCGACCAAUCACAGUCAAAUGCGAGAAGAAUGAUCGACCGUCACUGGCCGAUUUCUCGCGUUGCAGCGUCUUGCGUUUUGCGUCCAUUGUAAAAUAAGCUUUGAAACAAUGGACGCAAGAUGCCGAUUGUAAGCCGCAGCGCAAGAAAUCGGCCAAUGGCAGUCGAUCAAUCUUCUAAUAUUUGACUGUGAU